GUUGCCAUGGAGACAGGGGCGGAUUAAGGCUGGAGCGCGGAGCGCAGGGAUCAGGCCCCUCCGCUACCUGAGCUCCCGCCUCAGCCGGCUCCCGCAGGGCCGGGGCAGCCAGCCGCAGGCGCCGCGGCUUCUCAGCCUCCCGGCCCGGCCAGGCGCGGGGGGGAUCCCGGCGGGGUGCCACAGCCCGCUCGGGCCUGGGAGGGGAGAGAGGCAGACGCAGAGGCUGGAACAGCUGGUGGCGGGGCCCGUGGGCUCCCGGCGUGAUCACCUGCCCUCCCAGGGCCCGGGGGACGGCGCCCCGCGUGGCAACCACGUGGGGGCGCGGCGGGACUUCCCCGGUGCCCGCACCAACUUUGCCGCGCUCGGUACCGGGCCGGGCUGCCGGGGCGUCUAGCUAAGGUGGUCGCCAAGCCAGCUGUCCUCAAGUUGAGCUGGGCACCGGUCGCGCACACUGCACUGGCGGCACGGCCUUCGCGUCCCUCGGCUCCCAGCAUAAGGAAAGUUUGAGGAACUGGACAUCAGGCGCUGGCCGCUCCCCACCCUCAGCCGCUGGGUGCCCAGAGCCCAUCCCUGGCGAUCAGAGCAGGACUGCAGAGAAGACGUCCGCGUCCGGGCCCCGUCUGGGGAGCUAGGGCGCGCGGGGAGCGCCCGGGCCGCGCGGUCACUGACCGCUGGCUGCACGGGAGCGCCGUGCGGACUCGGCCUCCACAAAGCGGCAGAAGCAAGGGCGUGUGCCCGCGCAGGGGAUGGAGGCUGCAAGUGCAAAACUUUAUCACAGCAAAGCAAAGGUCCCAGGAGGCCGGCUCCCCUUCCACCACCGGCCGCUCACUCUGGUCUCCGACUGACCCCUCCGGGCCGGAUCUCUAGGCCUGGCCACUCGAUCCAUGGAGAAAACCCCGAGUCUCACAACUGGCCACCGACAGGAGCUGAGCCCCAGCAGCAGCCCCUCGGCGGGUGCGCCCGACAAAACCCACCAGCCCGCCGGGGGCUACUUCCCGGACCGGGAGCCCCGGCGCCGGGCGGCUCCCGGGCUCGCGGCUCUUUCAGGAGCUCAUUCAACUUCAACUUGCCCCUGCGGCUCCAACUCACCUUUGCGAAGCAUGUUGGCCACGGGGCCGCCGCUCCGAGGUCGGCCUAGGCGCACUCCCUCCCGGGGUCCAGAUUCAAAUCCCUGGGCGCCAGCUGCAGCUAAUCCGAGCGCGUCGAGGCGGGGGCAAGCCGGGGAUCCGCUCAUGCCCGGUGGCCCGGCCCCGCAGGGGCAUGGUCGGGCCCCUCGGGGCCGCGUGGCCAAUCAGAUCCCCCCUGAGAUCCUGAAGAACCCCCAGCUGCAGGCAGCAAUCCAGGUCCUGCCUUCCAACUACAACUUUGAGAUCCCCAAGACCAUCUGGAGGAUCCAACAAGCCCAGGCCAAGAAGGUGGCCUUGCAAAUGCCGGAAGGCCUCCUCCUCUUUGCCUGCACCAUUGUGGAUAUCUUGGAAAGGUUCACAGAGGCCGAAGUGAUGGUGAUGGGUGACGUGACCUAUGGGGCUUGCUGUGUGGAUGACUUCACAGCGAGGGCCCUGGGAGCUGACUUCUUGGUGCACUACGGCCACAGCUGCCUGAUUCCCAUGGACACCUCGGCCCAAGACUUCCGGGUGCUGUAUGUCUUUGUGGACAUCCGGAUAGACACUACCCACCUCCUAGACUCUCUCCGCCUCACCUUUCCCCCAGCCACUGCCCUCGCCCUGGUCAGCACCAUUCAGUUUGUGUCGACCUUGCAGGCAGCCGCCCAGGAGCUGAAAGCCGAGUAUCGUGUGAGUGUCCCACAGUGCAAGCCCCUGUCCCCUGGAGAGAUCCUGGGCUGCACAUCCCCCCGACUGUCCACAGAGGUGGAGGCCGUUGUGUAUCUUGGAGAUGGCCGCUUCCAUCUGGAGUCUGUCAUGAUUGCCAACCCCAAUGUCCCCGCUUACCGGUAUGACCCAUAUAGCAAAGUCCUAUCCAGAGAGCACUAUGAUCACCAGCGCAUGCAGGCUGCUCGCCAAGAAGCCAUAGCCACUGCCCGCUCAGCUAAGUCCUGGGGCCUUAUUCUGGGCACUUUGGGCCGCCAGGGCAGUCCUAAGAUCCUGGAGCACCUGGAAUCUCGACUCCGAGCCUUGGGCCUUUCCUUUGUGAGGCUGCUGCUCUCUGAGAUCUUCCCCAGCAAGCUUAGCCUACUUCCCGAGGUGGAUGUGUGGGUGCAGGUGGCAUGUCCACGUCUCUCCAUUGACUGGGGCACAGCCUUCCCCAAGCCGCUGCUGACACCCUAUGAGGCGGCCGUGGCUCUGAGGGACGUUUCCUGGCAGCAGCCCUACCCGAUGGACUUCUACGCUGGCAGCUCCUUGGGGCCCUGGACGGUGAACCACGGCCAGGACCGCCGUCCCCACGCCCCCGGCCGGCCCGCGCGGGGGAAGGUGCAGGAGGAGUCCACGCAUCCCCCUUCAGCCGUGACUUGCGAGGACUGCAGCUGCAGGGACGAGAAGGUGGCGCCGCUUGCUCCUUGACACGCUCCCGGGCCUCAGGGUCCUGCCCUCCGGAGGAGCAGCCUCGAGGCUGGUGG